UAAGACAUGCUUGCCUUGAAAGUUUUAUCUCAGAGUCAACUAGCGCAUGUGGCAUGUUCCAGUUGGGCGAAAUUAUUGCAAUCUUCCACGAGUAUGAUCACAAACGUAUCUCACCUUCACCAAAGAGCCGCCAGACUCGAUUGCAAUUGGUGCCUUGCUGCUUAUGGCCUUUCUCCUUUCAUCUACGUCAAGGUUGUCAACAUCAGCCAUGGUACUAGGCGUUGCCUCUCAGAUGAUGUUUCUCGUCGGGUUCCACAAAAUAUCCCCCACCUCAGACGAAACGGCAAUUCAAAAUCAUCGUCUACUCUCACAUGCUUACAUACUUGAUCAGAACCUCUCCUUAUGGCUCGGGAAGCCACCGCUGUUAUCCUCAAACAUCGUGCGAGAUGUUCCAAGCCAAGAACCAUAUGAUGGCCAUGGAAUUAUCUAUCUCCAAGACGGCACAUCGUUUAAUUGCCUCAAAGAACAGCUUCUUCUGGCUAAGAUUCAGAGUAAAGCAUACGAGAAAUUGCACUCACCCGCUUCCUCGUCAAUGUCACAGGAGUUGCACGCUGGAAUCAGCCGUCAACUUCUGGAGGAGUUGCUUUUGUGGAGACAUAAUCUGCCGGCACUCAUCAAGCCACUUUCGGUACCGAAAGACCUCGACAAGAAGCAUGUACCCUGGCUAUCUACCAUCUUCUGCACUUUUCACCAGGUUGAAAAUGCCAUUCGUUCGUCAAUUUUCUCACAUAUUUCGUUCUUUGACAAUGCAGCCUUCCGCAAUCAGACACCCCUUGUUGUCUCAAGUUGCGCAUCCGCGACUAGAAAGUUGGUAACAGUCUUCAAUGGCCUUGACAGGAGUGGUCUACAGAGAUCGCACUUGCUACCUUUGGUUGCAUGGAAUCUAGAUUCCCUGUUCCUCCAUGUCGCCUACAACAAGCAUACACCAGUAGCACAACAUGACACUCAGUCAAUCAGGGCUGUCAUGAACUUAUUUGAGAAUAUCUUUUCAGGACAUCGCCACUACAAGGCCUAUGCCACAACCAAGCUCCUAUGCGAUGUCGCUUCACGAGCAAGUCCGUAGCAAAUGUUGAAUGAGGAAAGGUGAAAGAAAUAAUAUCAACGCGGCGUGAUACCAUAUAAUAAGCCAGAAAAGGCUGGAAAGCCCCAAAUUACAAUCGAUGUUAUUCAUUUCAUUGACCACUACUUGGAAGACUCACGGGACUGUUUUGUCGCGGAUGAUCGGGAAAUAUUGCCACGAGUCAAAUGCCCCAUUCUUUGCUGGAGACAUUUAAUGGAACUUGGAAGUUGGAGCCCAGGCUUCAGUGGAGCACAAACUUCGUGAGGGAAUUAAUCAGGAACUGGCUGCUGCGCCGAUAUUCCGAUCAAAUCGUUCCAGCUUCGGCUACAGUGUUGGC